GCUCCAUGGUGUCGGUUUUCGGGAACGAGGUUGACGCCUACUACGAGAAGCUGCUGAGCGGCGAGAGCGGAAUUUCGCUGAUUGACAGAUUCGAUGCGUCAAAGUUCCCCACGCGCUUCGGCGGUCAGAUUCGGGGCUUCAAUUCGGAGGGCUACAUUGACGGGAAGAAUGACCGGAGAUUGGAUGACUGUUUGAGGUAUUGCAUAGUCGCCGGUAAGAAGGCGCUCGAGGGCGCAGAUCUUGGCGGGGAGAAGAUCAAUAAGAUUGAUAAGAUCCGAGGUGGUGUUCUGGUCGGUACGGGAAUGGGUGGUCUUCAAGUAUUCUCUGAUGGUGUCCAGGCUCUAAUAGAGAAAGGCCACAGGAAAAUAACUCCGUUUUUCAUACCUUAUGCUAUAACAAACAUGGCCUCUGCUUUGCUUGCUAUUGAUCUUGGCUUGAUGGGACCCAACUAUUCGAUUUCCACUGCCUGUGCCACCUCGAAUUAUUGUUUCUAUGCGGCAGCCAACCAUAUCCGUCGGGGGGAAGCUGAUUUGAUGAUUGCCGGUGGAACUGAAGCUGCUAUUAUUCCUAUCGGAUUGGGUGGUUUUGUUGCUUGCAGAGCGUUGUCGCAGAGAAACGACGACCCGCAAACUGCUUCGAGGCCCUGGGAAGAGCGAGAUGGUUUUGUUAUGGGUGAAGGCGCUGGAGUUUUGGUGAUGGAAAGUUUGGAUCACGCAAUGAAACGAGGGGCACCAAUCAUUGCUGAAUAUUUGGGAGGUGCAGUGAAUUGUGAUGCGUAUCAUAUGACAGAUCCUAGAGCUGAUGGACUUGGAGUCUCGUCGUGUAUUCAGAAGGCACUUGAAGACUCGGGCGUUUCACCCGAAGAGGUUAACUACAUAAAUGCACAUGCUACUUCCACGAUCGUGGGUGAUCUUGCCGAACUAAAUGCAAUUAAGAAGGUGUUCAAGAACACUUCUGGGAUCAAAAUCAAUGCAACUAAGUCGAUGAUAGGGCACUGUCUUGGUGCUGCUGGUGGUUUGGAAGCUAUUGCAACUGUAAAAGCAAUUACAACGGGGUGGCUUCAUCCGACCAUAAACCAAUUUAACAAAGAGCCCUCUGUAGAUUUUGACACAGUUGCAAAUGAAAAACAGCAGCAUGACAUCAAUGUUGCAAUCUCGAAUUCCUUUGGAUUUGGAGGUCACAACUCUGUUGUCGCGUUUUCUGUAUUCAAACCAUGAUCUGGAUCGAGCCUCCAACCGAGUUGCUUGCAGUCCAUCAGUGGCGGUAAGCUGUGAGUUUUCGAGAACUAGUAUUCCAAAGUGCGUUUAGUUUAACCUCUUCUUGAAUGCAUAAUUUUUGCUUCAAUCUUGUAGCAACAGCUCUCUUUUGUAAUUGUAUGUACCUUUGUUCUUCAACAACUAUUCAAACUUUCUCAUGUUUCCGAGACCA